CUUUUUUCCUUUUCUGCAAAGGAAACUUCCUGGAACCAGUGCUAAUUUCCGGAUCCACUCCUUUACGACGCCCAUGGACUUCUUCGCCCACUGAGACUACCUUCACCCACGUCCUAUACAUUACCCAGAAAAUGAAUGUUUUGCCGUAGUUGACUGGCUCUCAGCAAGAAUUUCUGUAGGAUAUAGAGUUGAUGGGUGGAAUUAUUUCAAAGCGGGAAAGUCCUAGACAGGCUUCAUCUAGAUCAUCUGAUUCAUACUCAUGGAAUCAUCACAGUUAUCCACAGUCGCCACAUCCACAGUCAACAUAUCCACAACCAAGCCAGGACUACAUGCCACAUCAGCAUUUUGCACCUCCACCUCCACCUCAAACCUAUGGUGGUGGUCAGGCCCCGGAGUCAAGAAGGAGGUUAGAGAGGAAGUAUUCAAAGAUAGAUGAUGAUUAUAAUAGCCUGGAGCAGGUUACUGAAGCAUUGGCACGUGCUGGGCUGGAAUCUUCCAAUCUUAUUGUUGGUAUUGACUUCACAAAGAGCAAUGAGUGGACAGGAGCAAGGUCCUUCCACCGGAAAAGUUUGCAUCACAUUGGAAAUGAACAAAAUCCCUACGAGCAGGCAAUAUCUAUUAUUGGAAAAACAUUAUCCUCGUUUGAUGAGGAUAACUUGAUUCCCUGUUAUGGAUUUGGAGAUGCAUCAACGCAUGAUCAAGAGGUUUUCAGUUUCUAUUCAGAUGAGCGAUUUUGUAAUGGAUUUGAAGAAGUAUUGAGACGAUAUAGAGAAUUGGUCCCUCAUCUACGACUUGCAGGGCCAACAUCAUUUGCCCCUAUCAUUGAAAUGGCUGUCACUAUUGUUGAGCAAAGUGGUGGCCAGUAUCAUGUGUUACUGAUAAUAGCUGAUGGGCAGGUGACAAGAAGUGUUGAUACUGAGCGUGGCCAACUAAGCCCACAGGAAAGGAAAACUGUUGAUGCAAUUGUGAAAGCGAGUGAGUACCCUUUGUCAAUUGUAUUAGUUGGGGUUGGAGAUGGGCCAUGGGAGAUGAUGAGACAAUUUGAUGAUAACAUCCCUGCUCGUGCCUUUGAUAAUUUCCAGUUUGUGAAUUUUACCGAAAUAAUGUCAAAGAACAUGGACCGACCCAGAAAAGAAGCAGAAUUUUCUCUUGCAGCCUUGAUGGAAAUACCAUCACAGUACAAAGCAACAUUAGAGCUUAAUUUAUUGGGUGUUAGUAGGGGGAAUGCUGUAGACAGGGUUUCUCUUCCUCCACCUAUGUAUGGUGCAGCUUCUUUCAACGCCAAAAAACCUUCACAUUCAAGCAGUUUUCGUCCGAGUGCACCCUCUUCUGGUGGACCUCGUACAGUUGGUGGCUCGGCUGCUCCUUCAAGUCAUGCUUCUGAUAAUCAUCUUUGUCCCAUUUGCCUUGCCAAUCCAAAAGACAUGGCGUUUGGUUGUGGGCAUCAGACAUGUUGCGAAUGCGGAGAAGAUCUCGAGUCAUGCCCCAUUUGCCGGAGCAUCAUUCAGACCAGAAUAAAGCUGUACUAACUGGUGUCUGUUCUUCAGGAAAAAUUUUGGGCCUCUUUAACUUCAGCUCCUAGUCUUUGCCAAUCCCUUUCCUGGUUGGGAGCUUGCCAGCCUGGUACUGGUUUUAGCUGGAUUGGGUAUCAGAUCUCUGAAGAUUCAGGGAAGGGGGUACUCAUCAGAUACUUGUUCCUUGUAUAUAUAUUUCAAUGUUUUGUUGAUUCGUAAUUAUGCCUCCAAUGCAUCUUAUGUCCAUUGGAUUCCUGGGACAUAUACACAAUAAGUAUUUUUCAUUUUCACUUGUUAAAAAGUUCAGUUUCUUGCUUGCA